CGUGUGGGUAAAAGUUCAAUUGACGCGGCCCUGAGAUACGACGUUGCCAGAGUGACCUGCUGAGUCACAUAUCGUGUGCGAUCUCUCCCAGCAAGGUGUACUACUACGUUUCUCCGCAAAAUCGCGUGUUUAAAUCACCACACAGGCGUAAUUAACUCAAAUUUUCAACAGAACCACUACUCAGUCUCAAAGUGGUUUGAAAAACGUGCAAAAUUUGCGACCAGACGCGAGCUCCAAGUGCGCGCUCAUCAGAAAUACAAGUGCUCCGAAAUCCCGAGGCCGGAAUCGUGACCUGUCAAAAACCGUAUCGUCCAAGUCAGAAGAUUUCUUACGAUUUCGUGACUCGUGCAGGGUGUCAGUCGUAAAAAAAGUUGAUAGUGUUUCCCUAAAGUGCGCAUAUUUCACCAGGAGUGCCUAUUGUUCGCGUAAAUAGUGUGCCGAGAGCAGCGAUGCUUGACGUGGCCUGUGUAUAUUUUGAGGUUAUUUCUGUACUCAUGUAACUGACCUAUACCCGCCGAAGGUGGACCGCAGCCUUUAUUUCUAAUCCAGCGGUCUAACAGACAGGUUUAUUCUCUGGAGAUAACUCUUCGCGAAAAGUGCAAUCCGUGACAUCAAAUUACUUCGAUUUUAAAACCGCCUUCAAGAAGGCUGCAUAACCUCAAAUUCAGCUGUCAAAUCUUUUCUACUUUUCGCAGUAAACGUGGUGCUUGUUAAAUUGAAUGGUAAACGAGAUAUCUACUCGGAACUUGAGAAGUUCUUGAUAAAUGAUCGAAAAUUGUCGAUUCCUUGAAAUGUUUUACGUGCUGAUCGUUCUCAACAUAAGAGCCAACCCACUGUGACGGCACGUCAGAAUUCAAGGACUCUCUUUCUCAAGAAUUUGUUCUAAAAUUCUGUGAUAAAUCUAGGAAAAAGAAGAUAGAAAAAUAAACUUAAAAAUGUUGGGUCUUAAAAAACUGUACCGCGAGGAGCUUUUGCAGCUUGCUCUGCUGCUUUCGUUGCUCCGGGUGGAUCCUGACUCUUAUUUAGGUAUUGAUAUUCAGACUAUUGGUGUUGGUUCCUUGGAUCUAAAUAAUGGAUCCGGAUGGCACUCGGAUGCACACACUAUCGUGCAUCGACCCACGUUUGUGCAUCCAAAAAACUUGGAUUCGAUGCUUCUUAAUUAUGAGAGAGACAUCUUCGAAGACUUAAAUUCCCUGGGUAGAUACAAUAGAAUGAACAGUGCUCAUAAUGAUAUACACGCGUAUUUAUUAAACAUCGAGGAUGUUGGGAGAGACGCAGCUGUGCCAGGACCAAGUAUUCCAAAUUCGACAGAUCUUGCCAGGAAUAUGACAUCUCCAGAUCCACCGACGACCUCGAAUUCUCCUUCUCAACCUGUUGGUGCCACGGAACUUACACAAGAGGACAUGGAUCUGAUCGAAGCUCUUUGGAAGCAAGAUGUCGAUUUAGGAUUUACCUUGGUGGAACGAACAGCUCCAGAUAAGACCUUGGAAAAAGAAUCCGAAGAUGAUAUCGAGAAAUUAAAAGCCUUGAAAGCUAUUAAUUCUACAAAUGAAAAGGAGGAAACCAAAGAAACCGAAGCGCCAAAGGAAGAACAUCCUUGGGGUGGCUUACCAUAUUCUAUCGACGUCGAAACAGGUGAAUAUAUUUAUAGUCCUUCGAGCCAAAGCCAAGGGGGAAGUACCAGCUCUAUCGACAGCGGGGAUCAAUUUUUGGGAGAAACUCCAUACGAACUAGUGGGACUUGUUGAGGAAUCUCUUGGACUAAAUGACACUCUUGGUCUCGAUAAUGACUUCACUGCGGACCUACUCGGAGGUGGGCUCCUAGAAGAUACCACUGUUGCGGGACUCCUCGGCAACGACACCUUAAGUCUACCCGACGGAUUCAACCUCGAGGAGGCACUUCAACUGGUUGGUCUCGAUGAAGCUGCGGGAGAGGAGACGAAGCCGGAAGUGAAAAACAAGAAGUCUGGUAAAGAAGAAACAGAGGUUGCAAAGAACGUGUCCAAGACAUCCUCGUCAGAUAACGACAAGGUCACGAGGUCAGCCGUCGAAGACGAAGAAGCCGGCGACAUGAUUCACACACCGCAAUUUCACCAUCCCCACAAUCCUCACCACCCGCACCAUCCACACCAUCCACAUCAUCCACAUCAUCCGCACCAUCGCUCGUUUCAGAGUCGCAUGGGCUUGGUACGCACAAUGAGCACGGAAGAACGAUGGCAGGAUUUGGCAUCAAUGCUGUCACUUCCGAAUGGUGCGAGUCAUUUUGCGCAUCCAGCGCUUCCUGGAUAUCCAGGACAUGGCAUGGGCCACAGUCAUUACGAGGCACAACGUAAUGUAUUGCUUCAUAACGCUACUUUGGCACCUCCAGUUGGUGAUCUCAAUGGCACAAGUCCGUACCACCACGUUGGUGGACCAUCAAAUCUGGGAUCAGCGGUGGCUACAUCGAUGAACUUAACAAACAGUAGCGAACCAAUAGGAACAGAGAACGGAGCAACUUACAAGUCCGAGCCAAACGACAUGAUGUAUUAUCACACACCUACCUCCGAUCCGAUCAAUCAAACGACCGAUGGAUUCUUUUCUGCCCUUCUCCAAGACGAAGAUCUCCAGCUGAUGGACAUGUCAAUGAACGAUAGCAUGUACACCAUGCGAAUGCUGGAUAACAGCAGCAACAAUGCAUCUGGUCCAACUGGAGCUGCAGCACUUCCUGGAGUACAGGCAGGUGGCACAACAACAUCGGUUGGAGUAACCACCUUACCCUGUGUCACGGAUGAGAGGAUGGAUGCCUCCAGUGAUAGUGCUGUAAGCAGCAUGGGCAGUGAACGAGUUGGAUCAGUUUCUGAUGGCGAGUGGAUGGAAACCGGAUCAAAUUCUAGCCAUACACAAGCCGAUUCUCAUUAUUCCAUGGACUAUGCUAGCAAAUACCAUAUGCCCUACGACUGCAGUUAUGGAAGAAAUGGCAACACUCCUCGUUGCCAAGCUGACCGAAGCAUGGCUCCAGUUGCACAGAAGAAGCAUCAGAUGUUUGCUAAGCGAUACUUCCAGGAACAGGGGACCGGAUCACCCCUUGGUGCCACUGCGCAUCCAACUACACCGAUGAAAUAUGAAUAUGAUGCCCAAACCGUUGCUGCUGGUGCUCCAGGGAAUGCCUAUUCUGGUCCAAUAGAAGGUGCCGCAGGUCCUCAGAAUGAAAUUAAAUACAGUUGCAGUGUCGACUUUGCACGUCAUCAAUCUGGGCGAUCGGCGAUUGAACACAUUCACCACAAUCACACCUAUCAUCUUCCAGCAGAAACUUCUGGAUCAUUACAUCGUCCUUUAUCGCGUGAUAAGAAAGCCCGUAAGAGCGAGGCAGAAGAGCACCUGACUAGAGAUGAAAAACGCGCCCGAGCUUUGAACGUACCUAUCGCAGUGCACGACAUCAUCAACUUGCCCAUGGACGAAUUUAAUGAACGCCUUAGCAAGUAUGAUCUUAGCGAAGCCCAACUUUCGUUGAUUCGCGACAUCAGAAGACGAGGAAAGAAUAAAGUUGCGGCACAAAACUGCCGCAAGCGCAAACUCGAUCAGAUCAUGAGCCUCGCUGAUCAGGUUAAAGAAAUGCGUGACCGCAAAAUGAGACUGAUCCGAGAACGAGAUUUCAUGCUGAUGGAAAGGCAGCGCGUUAAAGACAAAUUCAGUCAACUGUACCGUCACGUUUUCCAGUCUCUGCGAGAUCCAGACGGCAACCCCUAUAACCCAUACGAGUACACCCUCCAGCAGACAGCGGACGGAAACGUCCUUCUGGUUCGCCGGAACCAAACGAAUCCUCAUCACUCUCGCACCUCAACAAUGGAGCCGAAAUCGAAGCCUGAUAUCGAUCGAAAGGAGUGAGGCUCCACAAACCUAGACUCCAAAGAGAUUGGUAAUCAGGAGAAGUUCAAACAUGUUGUUGACAGCAAAAUGGCACGUCCUUGAUGCCAUGAAUUUCGCCACGCAGCGCAGGGAACAUUUAUUUUAAGAAUAAUAACAACUCUUAACGAAAAAUAAAGUUGCGUUGCUUUGACUUGAUCCUAGUCACGCGCACGCGAUGACAAUAUGCGAGAGACAACGAGUUCUGCUAGUUUUCAGCUAGCUAAAUAAAUACCUUUCCAGACUAGAUAGUAUGUACGAUGGUUUUUAACGUUGACGGUAUCCAGGAGGAAGAGUGGUUGUGAAUUAUUUAAACCUAAUAUGGAUGAUACCAUGAUUUUUAUUAUUAUUUUCUAAAUGGGAAAAGCCGUUCAUGUACUUUCUCAGAAAGCUCUUUAUCAUUUUUUUUAUUAAGGAGUUUCUUCUUUGUAUAAUCCUUCGGCAGAAGGUCACGACAUUGUUGCUAGAAACAGAAGAAAUUCUGUGAUUUCGUUUUGCAGAAACUAAAGUUCUGUUGAUGUCUCAUUCGAAAAGGAUUGAGUUCUUAUAAUAUGUUUUAAGGACUUGGCAGCAGACAAAAAAAAGAUAGAAUGAGAUGAAGGCGUCUGACAUGAAUCAGAAAUGUGCAGUAAUUUUUCGAGAUGAGUGUGUGGUUUAACCACAAUCGCUCCUGUUCUCUUCCUCUUAAUCAGAACUCUUCUUCCUCACUCGUGUCUUUUAGAUUACGCUCCUAGUGAUUCGUCUUGCAGGUGUGAAUUUUCUGCGAAAAUUCCACCAUCGCGUCCAAGAGUUUUACUCUUGUAAAAAAAAAAAAAGAAAAUGGAAACGAAUCUGUCGCAUUUCAAUGCUGUUGUAGAAUUUGCGUCUUUGGUCUAUCAAAAGAUGCAUUAAAAUACGACCAUUAAGCAUUAAUUAAAAUUUAGUUGCGACUAUAAAGAAAAACUGCUACAUUCGUCUACUCGUUGCAUAAAGUUAAUCACAGUGCGAAUGAUUCUUCGACUCAAAAUGGAAAAAAAUCAUAGGAAUACGGACUGUUACAAAAUGAGUUUUUGUACUCCGUUUAACUGAAUGUAUACUAAUGUCAAGGCUUAUAAAUUAUAAUAUGAAUCGCACCGAAGCCAUAUUAUGAGUUUUUGGUACGGUUCGUGCAUUUAUCGAAGGGUAAAAAGGGAUCCUUGAAGUCGUAGGUAGCUUACAACUGCAGUAUUGAUUGGUGAAGAAUCAAAAAAAUGAGGGAAAGAUUGCUUUGCCUAUUGCUUGAAGGGUCUCAUUCGAAGCGUUUCUUUUUGUUUGAUAAAAGGCAAAUGCUUGAGUUAUUGCCUGGGAACGUUUAACACAGGAAAAAAUACUUUAAUCGGUUCUGCGUUUCGAAAUGUUGUUACUUUGAUCAAUAUAUAAUACCCAGUUUGGAAAUCGGUACACUCAGGCAAGAUACUAACUAACGUUACGUAAUGUAAAAAUAAGACUAGAAACUAGUGCAACAAUGUGAAUAUACUUACUGCAAUUUGCUGUACUGCUACAAUAUUAAUAAUAGUACUGAUAUUGCGAUAUAUGAACAAACAUAGCAAGAAAAACCUAUUUUUUAUAAUAAACAGACGAGAAUCGUUCAGGUAUUUCACAUUUGCCUUUUUAUGUAUAUAUCGACGUAGUUAGUAUAAUUUUCUAUAAAUAUUACACAUGUAUAAAUGAAGCGAUUAGUUGUUGUUACGUACGGAAAAAGUGUACGUAUGUGCGGAAAUAAUGGAAAAUAAUUAUAUAUGCUACGACGUGAAAACGUAGUGAAGAAAUGAAGAAAAUGAGGAAGAAUGCAGCUUCUGCUGACACUUAAGUAAUCUGCCAUUUUUUAAGGUUUUAAUUCACGAUUGUAUUCAUACCACCGGGUGUAGGAUGCCUUUUGCGUAUCGAAAUCGACGAGCAGAAAUCCUGCUGUUGAAAAUUCUAUGUAAGACGGAUUAGCUUGUUUUGAUAUCAAAGAUGUCUGUUCGUUUGUUGUAUAUUUUAACAUAAGUUUUAUCUACUUGCCCAGGCAUUUUUAGAUCUCCACGCGUCAUUAAAUUUCUAUAUUGUAUAAACAAACUUCAAAUAAAUCUCUGGGAAAAAGUACCUG